AUGUAUCUGCAGAGUGCUGGCCGCGAUCGCGGCACGGAAUGGGACGAGAUUCAGAGGCGUAUGGGCAAUAAGCCGCAGCUGGAGGAAGGCGAUGAGGAUGACAGUGAGGAAAUUGAUUACGGCCGCGCCCUCAAGAGCAAGAGCGAGAAGCUGAAGGAGGACCUCGUGGCCAGCAACGCCUCCUACGAGGAGGUCAAGGAGCACGAGGACGAGCUCCUUGACGAUGACGAUUUCUUGGAGGCCUACAGGAGGAAGAGGAUCGCCGAGCUGCAGGCCAAAGCGCAGAAGGACGUGUACGGCGAUCUGGUGUCCAUCUCCGAGCCCGAGUACAAGGAGGUGGUCAACACGCCGAACACGUGGGUCGUCGUCUUUCUCCACAAGUCGGGCAUACCCUCGUGCCAGCUGAUGACGCAGAUCCUGCAGCGACUCGCCGGCACCUUCAAGGCCACUCGCUUCGUCAAGAUCGAUUCCCAGGAGGCCAUUCACGGCUACCCCGACAAGAAUCUGCCCACGUUGAUCAUCUACUACAACGGCGACCUCAAGAAACAGUUCAUUGGCGAGGCUGCCUUUGCCAGGGGUGACCCGACCGUCGCAGACGUUGAGUGGAGACUGAAGCAGGUGGGUGCUGUCGACUCGGACAUGGAAGAGGACCCAAGCAAGAACAAGGGGCCAUCGGUGCGGCUCAACUAUGUCGCCGCUCGCUCGCGCAGGGACGAAGACGACUGA